AUGGACCGUCGUAGAAGAAGCUUUAGAAAAUAGACCCUUUGCAAGAGAUUCCUUCGACCUCUUGAUAUCUAUGGGAGACCAGUUUAACUCACUUAUCAAGGAUAGUAUGAAUUUAAAACAACAUUUGGAGGUGGAGUUUCUCUGAUAAUGAUCACCUUGUUUCUUUUGGUUUCGGUAUAAUAGGUUUAUGACUUAAUAUUGAGAAAGCAGAGUUCUUAUCAGCAAAGUUAAAUGUACUUUAAUUAGGAGGAUUUUUAAUCUGAUCACGAUAUUUCAUCUAAGAAUUUUUCUAUGGCUUUUAUGUUGACUGAUAAUAAUGAGGAGAAGGUGUAUAGUGAUUUAUUUUAUGGCUAAUUUUCCCUGUGA